AUGGCGGCUCGUCGAAUCGAUGCGCUCAUCGUGGGCAUCCUUACCAUCGGCCUGGCCGUCGUGGUGGCAACCGUGCCAGUCAGCCUGGCCUGGCUGGACGAGAAGGAGGAGGAGGAGGAGGAGGAGGAGUUCGCGAUGCAGCUGGGCCCCGUCAAGACUGCCGUGUUUGGAGUUUACUAUGUCUGCAGCAUCAUCUUCUUGCUGGUGCUGACCUCCUGGUCCAAAGCGGAGAAUUUGAUGCUGGGCGGCGCGGGGCUGGCGUGGGAAGUCAUUUGGAUCUGGUUGGUGGUCGUCCUUGCCACGGAUGUGCUGGGCUACUUCUUCCGCGCGGUGCAGGCGGUGAUCAUGAAGCGCCAGAUCCACCUUACAGACCCGGCCAUCUCAAUCGUCAUGAGCGUGCUGCCCAUUCUUGGGCCAAGGGUCGAUCUGUUGAAGGAUUGUCUGUUUGCUGGCGCCGUGUUUCAGCUCGCGGUCUGCCAACCUGACGACUCGUGGAGGCGCACGGCAGGCUUUCGGGUUGGGGACGUGGAUGGCAUGCUUGAGGCGGUCAAGGACAAGUUCGACAAGAUCCUGAAGGAAGUCCAGCUGAGCAUCGUGGAGGCAAGCAAGAUCUCCAGCCAAAGCCUUGCCCCGUUGAAAAGGGGGCAAGAAACUAUGAACACCACCCUUGGUGAGAAGACGACGGAGAUCCUCAAGGAGAUCAGCAAUGUCUUUCACCGGGUCAAGAAGGAGGGCGGCGACCUCAUGGCCAUGGUCAAGUGGCGGGGCUGUAAAACCGAGCAGGUGGAGAAGGAUUGCGCGCACCAGCCGGACCGAUUACAGAUCCUUCGGGACACGCUGAUGGAGAUCCAGAUGACGGUGGUGCGCAUCCAGUCCGAGGUGGAGUCAGAACACGGGGACGGAGACAACCAGCAACGAGCUGCCUCACCGGAGCAGCGAGAGUGGGCGAACAGCCCCACCGCGCCCCCGCAGCAGCCCAUCAACUUGGAGGAGACGGUACCGCAUGUACAGCUGAUGCGAUCGGGCGCAUCGCCCUUGACAAGCAUCACUUUGACGGAUGGGCGCGUGGUUUACGUGCCUCGAAGCGUCGUCGCGAACCUGUUUGGAGCGCACUUUUAG